AACAUCCUUUUCUUUUAUCACCAUUAAUUCCAUACCCAAAAGAGCACAAAAUUCCCCAAUUUUUAUCAAGAUUAUCCUAUAACCCUUGAAUUCAAUUCAAUCUAAAAUUAUAAACAAAUUCAAAGUGGCGUGGGUUAAGAAAGAAGAAGAGACGGGCAACGGCCGUCUCCAUACAUUUUUAUCUUCUGUAAUUUCAAGUAUUGGAGGUGUUUUAAGACAAUCCCAAGAAAAAGACGACGUUCUUCCUUCCGAUUUACCCAUUAAAGUUCCUGAAGAACCAAAGCACAAGAAAGAAAUGGAAAAUCGUAGACCUCUUCAAGAUAUUGGCAAUGUAGCUAAUUUCAAUAAUGUCCCCAUCACCAAGAGCCUGGAAAACUUGUCAGUGGUAAGUCAAGAUGAAGGAGCAGCUGCCAAGAAAAAGGAAAAGAUGAAAGAAGAGGCAGCUAGAGAACUGAAGGUGCGUGCACAGAAGAAGGUUACAUACAAUACAGUCCCCGAAACUGUGAUCAUAAUAAGCUCUGAUGACGAACAAGAAGCCGAUGAAGAGAAGAACAAGAAAAAGAAAAGGCCUCUUAGUAAUAAAAGAAGUACUAGGAAGAAAAAACAUAGUCUAUCUUCAGUUCUUACAGCCAGAAGCAAGGCAGCUUGUGGACUUCUAGAUAGGCCUCGGGAUCAGGUGAAGGACAUCGAUGCUGCAGACGCUGAGAACGAGUAUGCUGUGGUCGAAUACGUGGAGGAAAUCUAUAAGUUUUACAGGAUUGUAGAAGACGAGUACAGGGUGUGUGAUUAUAUGCCAUGGCAGUCUUAUAUCAAUGAGAAGAUGAGGAUGAUUCUCAUCGAUUGGGUGGUCGAAGUUCAUAAAAGAUUCAAACUAAUGCACGAAACUCUUUAUCUUACUAUCGAUCUUGUCGAUAGGUAUAUUUCAACGAAGGUCGUUUCUAGGAAGGAACUUCAGCUGAUUGGCAUUAGCUCAAUGUUAUUAGCCUGCAAAUACGAAGAGAUUUGGGCACCUGAGGUGAAUGAUUUCAUGGUUAUAUCGAAAAAUGAAUAUUCCAAAGAACAAAUACUUGCAAUGGAGAAAGAGAUCUUAGAUAAGUUGGAGUGGAACCUUACAGUUGCUACGCCAUAUGUGUUUCUCGUUAGGUUCAUUAAAGCUGCAUCGCCUUCUGAUAAGGAGGUGGAAAACAUGUCCUUUUACUUGUCAGAAAACGGUGUGAUGCAGUAUCAAUUAGUACAUUCGUUCCGUCCAUCACUAAUCGCUGCUGCGGCUGUGUAUGCCGCCCUGCAUAAUUUAGGCAGAACGCCGGUUUGGACUGAAACUCUUAGGCACUACACAGGCUACUCUGAAGAACAUCUCAAAGAAUGUGCAAGGAUGUUGAUUAAGUUUCAAAUGGAUGCUAACAGUCGAAAUGCAGUUUAUCGAAAGUUCUCGAGUAUCGAUUGGGAUUAUGUUGCUCUGCUUCCCCCUGCUAAACAUAUGGAUGUCAAGUGAGAUCGAAUCUGAUUCCGACCGGAUUUUAUUGUGUUAUAUUAUAUGGCUUUGUGUUUAACUUUUAAUUAUUCUCUCUAUCUUCUCUUUUGUUGCACAAUCUGUUAUGUGACAUUUAUAAGAUCAUGGUAUAUCAUGAUCUCUAGGGUUUGCUAAUUAGUAGUUUGCUAUAUGUGUCUAGAUUCCGACUCUUAUGUUUAUAUAUAUAAAACUUAAUUUAGCUUUAUAUAGAUUAUUUUGCAUCCUUUUGAAGUUAGAUUUAGAGAUGUAUGAAAAACGAAAAAGUAAACGUAUUCAUUUCGGAAACUUUGAAUUUUGGA